CUAUCCUCACACCCCAUUUGUAUAUACCACAUCUAUACAACUCAUCAUGCUUAACAAUCAAGAUGCAACAACGCCUGAAGAAAGUACAGAAAAUACCAGCAAUGUUCCAGCAACAGUAGAGCGGAAGAAGUUUCAGCGCGAUGCACACAUUAAGUACUUCAAGCUUUCGUUAAAGAUGCUGCCUAGCCCAUAUGCUUCUCAAGAUGGAUUUCGCAUGACGCUUGGCAUGUUUGCGCUUGGAGGAUUGGAACUACUAGGGGUCCUUGAAGAAAAAGUUUCCGAGGCCGAUCGCAAAGCAUGGAUCGAAUGGAUUUACUCACAGCAACGUAUCCCAUCAGAUGCAAACAAUAAAGAUUCGGAUGAGGUCCUCUAUGGAUUUGGAAGCCCUUUCUCAGGACUACCAUUCACCUCCUCUGACGAUGAUGACUGUCAGUGUAAAGGUCAUUCACCCAGAAAUGUGUAUGAUACUGCACAUAUCACCAUGACCUACACCGCACUACUCAUGCUAGUUGUCUUGGGUGACGACUUGUCGAGAGUGGCCAAGGAGCCCAUCCUGAAAUCCCUCAAAAGACUACAGCAACCCAAUGGUUGUUUCAUUCCGUGCAUUACAGAUUUCGAACCAGAUAUGCGAUUCCUCUAUUGUGCAGCUGCCAUUUCUUACAUUCUCAAUGAUUGGUCAGGCUUUAAUCGAGCAACAGCUGUACAUUAUAUUCAACAGUGUCAAACCUACGAAAAUGGAUUCUCACAAUAUCCAGGACAGGAGGCUCAUGGAGGCUCCACCUAUUGUGCAGUGGCAGCUCUAGGGUUAAUGGGCGGGGACGCAUUUAAAGAUCAAAAGACUAUGACCCGAAACAUUAAAGAGGGUGAGGAUGAAGUUGCGUUUGAACAACGAAAAUUACGAGCUGGGUUCUUGGACAAGGAAGGAAUACGACGUUGGUGUCUUCAACGACAGACCACAGGAUUUCAAGGUCGCUCCAAUAAGCCCACAGAUACCUGCUAUUCAUUUUGGGUUGGCGGAGCGCUUGCUAUCCUCGAUAGCAUGGAUCUGGUUGAUUUUGAAGCUAAUCGUGGGUAUCUUAUGGAAGCUCAGCAUAAAUCCAUCGGAGGUUUUGGAAAAUGGAUUGAUACAUUUCCAGACAUCUUGCAUUCUUAUAUGGGCAUUGCGGGCCUAUCACUCAUGCAAGAACCAGGUGUACUACCGAUGGAUCCGCUUUUGAAUGUUUCCAAGCGUUCACAGGAACGUCUUUUUAAUAAUACCGUUUUUUGGAAGAAGAAUGCUACAGAGUCAUGAUUGAUAUUCAUUUAAGCGAUUUAAGGCCAA